AUGUCAGGAAGGACCCUCGGCGGAGGUCGCAUAGGAAGUGGUCGUUCUCUUGGUCCAGCGCCCUCCGCCUCGAAGCCACCACUACCUGUUCCCGACCAUGUCCUCUCCCCUACGGAUAGCAGUGCCUCGCAAGAUGGAUCAGGCAGUGGACAUUCGACUCCUCCUCCCUCAGAGCCCCAAGACAUCGCGUCCCGCAUAUCACUAGAAAAUGGCCAUCCCACCCUUCCAUUGGUACCGCCAUCUGGCGAUCGCCUGGCAUGCCCCAUCUGCAGCGAGGAGAUGGUCACUCUCCUCCAGCUAAAUAGACACUUAGACGAUGCACAUAGAGAAAUAGAAGAUCGGCAGCAAGAUGAAGUCAAGGACUGGUUCAAGCAGCAAAUGAACAAGGCCAAAAAGUUUCAACCACUUGCUGUACUGAAUCAGAAACUCAAAGGCCUCGACGUCUUCGAGUCUAACGACGAGGUUGCACGAAGUAGUACUCCUACACCUCGAAGAGAAUCACAUACACCUACUCAGAGAGCUAGAUCCGUAUCACCUGUUCCACCGCCCAAGGCCGCUCCUGCUCCGCCUGAUCCAGACGAUGUGGUCACUAAACAGCACUGGCAACGACGGUCUGGGAACGAUAUCUGCUCAGAUCCUAUCUGUGGAAAGAGAUUGGGUGGCACAGCUAACGGUAUUGUGAACUGCAGGCAUUGCGGCAAGUUGUUCUGCGACGAACAUACCAUGUACCAGAUGAAGCUGUCUAGAUCGGCCCAGCACGAGCCAGUAAGAGGGUUUUGGUGUCGAGUUUGUGAGACGUGCUACAAGAGUAGGGAUGGCUACAACGACAAGCAUGGUACAGAGAGAGACAGACACGAAGUCUUCUCACGUUCUAGACAAGACACAGUGGGCAAGCGAAGCAUGGAAGUCUCAAGACUCGAGAAGCGCCUCUCGAGAUUAACACAACUUCUUGCCAACCCUCCAGAAGAGCUGCCUCAACCGAACAGGCGAUGGUCCCUAGCAGCAUGGGGUCAGAACGAUUCGAAGAAACUUCUCGAGCAGACUGUCGUUGGUUGGGAAAACGAUGCCGAUGUCCUCCGUUGUCCAUACUGCCAGCAAGAUUUUUCUCAGUACACAUUCAGAAGGCACCAUUGCAGGACUUGCGGCAAAGUCGUCUGCGGGGAUCCGACUACAGGUUGCUCUAAAGUCCUAGGCUUAAAUGUUGCUACCAAUUUCCAGGACUCAUUGACCUCGCCAGCAAUCGCGACUUUCAAUCGAGCGUAUGACAAUCUACUAGAAUUUGAACGAGGUAUUCGCCUUAUGCUUCCGAGAUUUCAAAAGCUGCUACAGGCAUUACAGGACCCGGAAGCGGCCCCUACUUCGACCCAAAUUGCCGACGCGUCACGAACUCGAAAGCGCUUGAUGGAUGCAUUCACACAGUACGACACCGCAGCUCGCCGAAUUCGAGAUAUGCCCAGCAUAUCUCCUACUCAACUCAAGCUGCAGAAGGCAAUAUACCAGAACGCAAGUCAAUUCCUGCAUCUACACAUGCUUCCACUCAAAGCACUUCCGAAAAUUCUCAAGCACGCGACACCGAACGGCGAUAGUCGUGCCAACUCGCUCGCGCCACCUGGACCAUCACCAUUACAAGGUGGACCUAGAAGUCAGAGUGCAUUAGCAUCCAUCCGAUACAACCAUAUGCGCAACGACUCAUCGUCCAAUAUCUCCUUGUCAUCUGUGACUUCCUCACGUAUCUCCGAACUUGAAGCAGAAGAGAAAUCUCUGCGAGAACGUCUCAUUAUUCUUGAAGAGCAGAAAUUCAUGGUCCAGGAAAUGGUAGCAGACGCUAACAAGCGGAGGAAAUUCGACGAGGUUGCAGCUCUAGCUGGAAAUAUUGAAGACCUCAGUCGAGAAAUAGAUGGUAUUCAGGGUAUGUUGGACAACAUGGAUUUUGAAGGGGCGUAUCGCGAAGCUGGUACACAAAGACCCGGUAAUGGGUUGGGUUCCGGUGUUGCUAGUCCUGCGAGGCGUGAAUCAGGUCUGAUCAUGAAUCAGAGGCAGCCGGAGCAGGCGAAGGAUGGUGGCAAUGGAUAG